AUGACUCAAGGAAAUAUUUACAAGUCCAAGGAUUUGACACACUUGUUGUCAUCUGAGGCCAAAUCUAGGCAAAACUCGCCAUUAAAAGAAGCAUUCAGGUAUUUCAAAUUACCAGGUAUGACCUUUUUAGGAGGCGGAUUACCAUUAUCUGAUUAUUUCCCAUUUGAUAAAAUUUCUGCUGAUAUUCCAAAACCACCAUUUACAAAAGGUAUUGGUGCUCCAUUGACAGAGGAGACCAAAACAACAAUUGAAGUUUACAAAAAGGCUGGUGAGAAUAAAGCCAAUGAAAUUGAGUUGGCAAGAUCCUUGCAGUAUGGAUAUACAGAGGGACAGCCCGAAUUAGUUGCAUUUUUGAAAGAACACACUGAAAUGAUUCAUAAGGUACCCUAUGAGGAUUGGGAUGUGAUUGCUUCAGUGGGAAACACCGAGUCGUGGGACUCUACUUUGAGGACUUUUUGUUCUAGAGGUGAUACAGUUUUAGUUGAGGAGUAUACUUUUUCUUCUGCUUUGGAAACUGCAAAUGGGCAAGGUGUUAAUACUGUGCCUGUAGCCAUGGAUGAAUACGGUAUCAUCCCUCGUGCUUUGGAAACAUUGAUGGCCCAAUGGAAAGGAAACAAACCUAAAUUGUUAUACACAAUCCCAACUGGUCAAAAUCCAACAGGGUCCUCUUUGAGUGGCGAAAGGAGGCAAGAGAUUUAUGACAUUGCUUGUAAAUACGAUUUUAUUAUUGUUGAAGACGAGCCAUACUAUUUCUUACAAAUGGAAUCAUAUACAGAAGAUAAGUCCAAGAGAGAGGGAAAGCAUGUUCAUGGACAUGAAGAGUUCAUCAAGGCAUUGGUUCCAUCGUUUGUUUCUAUGGAUAAGGAAGGUAGAGUAAUUAGAUUGGACUCUUUCUCCAAAGUUUUGGCACCUGGUACAAGAAUCGGUUGGAUCGUGGGACAAGCCAAAUUAUUAGAAAGAUAUGUUCGUUUACACGAAGUUUCUAUACAAUGUCCAUCUGGUUUGGCACAAAGUGUAACCAAUUCCUUGUUGUAUAACUGGGGACAAUCAGGAUACUUGGACUGGCUUAUUGGACUUAGAGCAGAGUACACACACAAGAGAGAUGUUGCAAUCGACUCAUUGAAAGAGUAUUUCCCAAAGGAAGUAUGUUCCUAUGUUCCACCGGUGGCUGGUAUGUUUUUCACAGUUAGCAUUGAUGCUUCCAAACACCCAAGAUUCAAAGAGUUGGGAGAAGAUCCAAUAAAGGUGGAAUCCUUGAUCUUCGAACAGGGCACAAAACAAGGAACUUUAAUGAUUCCUGGUUCUUGGUUCAAGAGUGAAGGACAAUCUACACCACCUCAAAAGAAUUUACCUCAAAACCCAACUCAAAGAAGUCAUAUUUUCUUUAGAGGCACCUAUGCUGCUGUGCCUUUAGACCAAUUGGUCUUUGGAUUGGAAAAAUUUGGUAAAGCUAUCAAGAUUGAAUUUGGAUUAUCAUGA